UUUACAACGUGUGGUUGGUCGUGAUGGUUUGUUGGGCCAGGUAUAACAAUAGCACUGUCCGAUUGGACGGUAAGAUUGCUGUCGUCACUGGUGCAAAUAGUGGCAUUGGCAAGGCAACCACUCUGGAUUUCGUAAUGAGAGGGGCGCGGGUUAUCAUGGCCUGCAGAGACAUCAAGAAGGCCGAUGAAGUAGCGAAGGAUAUUCUCAGUCAGACGGAGAAUGUAGAGGGGGCAGGUACAGUGGAGGUCGUGCCCCUGAACCUGGGGUCCCUCGCCUCCGUGCGAAAAUGUGCACAGGAAAUCCUGAGGACAGAGGACAAGAUCCAUCUGCUAGUCAACAACGCAGGGGUCAUGAUGUGUCCCCAGAGCAAGACAGAAGAUGGGUUCGAGACCCACAUCGGGGUCAACCACUUGGGUCAUUUUCUUUUCACCUGUAUGCUUCUGAGUCGUAUCAUCCGGUCAGCCCCCGCCAGGAUCGUCACUGUUUCGUCCGUUGCACACCAAUGGGGAACCAUGUAUUUGGAAGACAUAAACUUGAAACAGUCAUACACCCCGUGGAAGGCUUACCGUCAGAGCAAACUUGCAAAUCUGUUGUUCACCAAGGAACUAGCAAGAAGGCUUCAAGGUAGACGUCUUAGUUAAUGCAGUAAACCCUCGAUUUAAGGGACUGUUUGGACGAAGAAGUGUCGGGUAAUGUUGAUUGUCCUUUAGAAGUUGCGAAGUUGUUUUUAUGACGCCAGAAAUGCGUCCUCAGACCAUAAAAUAGUCCGUUGAAACUGAAAAUACCUCGCGUCGAAAAAGAAAUUCACAAUAUCACACUUAAAACCGAAAUUCGUUAAAUCGAGGUUUACUCUCAAUUCUGCUGUGCACAAAUUUUAUUGCAUGAACUGAUUAUGACGAGGUAACUGUUCCUGCAAAGCGUUAUGUCAUUCACCUCUUGACGCUGUCCUGUAUAUAUCUGUGCACGUAACACUGUUUUCUUUUCAGCGUAAUAGCUGAAGUUUUGGUUAACUAUAACAAGGGUAUCCCCCCCCCCUCAGCAAACACACGCCAGAAAAAUUUGCAAGGAUAUUUGAAGCAAAUA